UCCGACUCCAGCGUUCAUCACAACAGCAGCCAGACUGCCGUUAUUAAACUGUCACUUACGACAUUUUCAAUUGAAAGGAAACGGAGACGAGGAUUACUAGAGUGUGCGGUUGGGUCCAACCGGAGCGAUGUCUGUCGCGGGGCUGAAAAAGCAGUUUCACAAAGCUACACAGAAAGUCAGUGAGAAGGUGGGAGGAGCAGAAGGAACCAAACUCGAUGAUGACUUCAAGGAAAUGGAGAAGAAGGUGGACACCACCAGCAGGGCAGUGUUGGACAUCAUGACCAAGACCACAGAAUACCUGCAGCCUAACCCAGCCUCCAGGGCCAGGCUGAGCAUGAUCAGCACCAUGUCUAAGAUGCGGGGGCAGGAGAAGGGCCCGGGGUACCCCCAGGCUGAGAGCCUGCUGGGGGAGGCCAUGCAGCGCUACGGACGAGAGCUGGGGGACGAGGCCUGCUUCGGCAUGGCCCUGCUGGACGUGGGGGAGUCCAUGAGGGAGCUGGGGGAGGUGAAGGACGCUCUGGAUAUGGAGGUGAAGCAGAACUUCAUCGACCCGCUCCAGAACCUCCAUGACAAGGACCUCAAGGAGAUCCAGCACCACUUGAAAAAGAUGGAGGGUCGUCGUCUGGACUUUGACUACAAGAGGAAGCGUCAGGGCAAGGUGCUGGACGAGGAGAUCAAGCAGGCGCUGGAGAAGUUUGACGAGUCCAAGGAGAUCGCUGAGCAGGGCAUGUUCAACCUGCUGGAGAGCGACAUUGAGCAGGUGAGCCAGUUAGCAGCUCUGGUCCAGGCUCAGGUGGAGUACCACAGGCAGGCUGCUCAGAUCAUGCAGCAGCUCUCCAGCAAGAUGGACGACAGGAUCAAGGAGGCGUCCAGCAGACCCAGGAAGGAGUUCACUCCUAAACCCCGCAUGGUGCUGGAGCUGCUGCCUCCGACUGACAGCCUCAACGGGGGGCUGCACUCCGCCAAGUCCCCCGGACGCUCCCCAGCCCCCCUAGACCAGCCCUGCUGUAGAGCCCUCUAUGACUUUGAGCCGGAGAACGAGGGAGAGCUGGGCUUCAAAGAGGGUAACAUCAUCACCCUGACCAAUCAGAUCGACGACAACUGGUACGAGGGCAUGCUGCACGGCCAAUCAGGUUUCUUCCCCAUGAACUACGUGGACAUCCUGGUUCCACUUCCUCAUUAGGCCCUGCCUCCUCUGCCAUGGGGGCCACGCCCCCCUACCUGGUCUAGCCACACCCCCUUCUCUGUGUAAAAAUGCUUUUCACAAACGAAAGACUGCAGGAACCCCACUGGUGAGAGAGAGAGAGAGAGAGAGAGAGAGAGAGAGAGAGAGAGAGAGAGAGAGAGAGAGAGAGAGAGAGAGAGAGAGAGAGAGAG